UUCCUCGUUCUCUAGCGCAGGGCGCGGGCGGCCGGGGCAGUCCCGCAGCCAGCGAGCCGGGCGCGCAGACGCCCACUUGCGCUGUGCCUGUCGCAGCCGAACCCGGCCCCGGCGGGAGCCGAACGGAGAGCGGGGAUAGCGAGCCCCGGCCAGAGCGAGCGCGCGCGGCCGCAGCCGAGUCGGCACCUGGAGGACAUGGAGGAAAGGCCGGCAGAGACCAAUGCCAGUGUGGACGACUCAGCGCCCCCCUCGGUGGCCCAGCUGGCCGGGCGAUUCAGGGAGCAGGCAGCUGCUGCAAAGGAGACACCAGCCAGUAAACCAACAAGAAGGAAACCGCCCUGCUCCCUCUCUCUGUUCCCCACCAGGGUAGAGCUGGGCCAGAAUGGUGAAGAGAAGUCACCGCCCAAUGCAAACCACCCUCCUAAAGUCAAGGUGAAGAGCUCGCCUCUGAUCGAGAAGCUCCAGGCCAAUUUAGUCUUUGAUCCAGCGGCCCUGCUGCCUGGGGCCUCACCCAAGAGUCCCGGACUCAAGGCCAUGGUGUCACCAUUUCACAGCCCGCCUUCUACCCCCAGCAGCCCUGGCGUGCGGUCUCGGGCCAGCGAGCCAGAGGAGGUGCCCGUCAGCUUUGACCAGCCUCCGGAAGGCAGUCAUCUGCCCUCUUACAAUAAGGUGCGGACAAGGGGCUCCAUAAAAAGGCGCCCUCCUUCCAGGCGAUUCCGAAGGUCCCAGUCGGAGGACUGUGCGGACGUGGGGGAGCUCAGGGCCGUGGAGUCCUCCCAGGAGAAUGGUGCCAAGGAAGAGAAUGGGGACGAGGUGUUCCCAGCCAAGAGCAAGACCCCAGGAUCCCCUCCUCUGAGGAGGACGCCCAGCAGGACAGAGAAGCAGGAGAAGGGCAGGGCCUUGGGGGUAGCCCAGCAGCACGAAACGGCCGUGGGGAGCUCCGAGAAGGGGGCCAGCCAGAGUCCAGCCCGAGCCUCCAGCUCAGAGGCAGAGGACGGGGGUGGGAGCCCCACGGAGGAGAAACCAGCUGAAGAGGAGAUGGAAGAGCCUACGGAGGUGAAGGAGAGGGCGGCCAGUGAAGAGGAGGAGCCUGGACAAAGGAGCCGAGACACAAAGGGGCUGGAGGAGGAGACCCCCCAAAACCCCCCUGGAGGAGGGGAGGGCGACCACAGUCCUGAGCAGGGGGCUGGCAAGGAAAAGCAAGAUGGGGGGACCAUCCUCGAGCCAGGCUGUGAUCCUGGCACUGGCCAUGCCCAGCCGGACACUAGCAGUGAGGUCCCCAAGACGGAGGAUAAUAGCCCUGUCCAGGACACUAAAAUGUGAAGAAGAUGUCAUUGUGCCUAGUGAUGAAGCUGCUGGAGCCGUGUCCUUGAAGUAGCAGCAGUGAUCGUAGUGGCAGCAAAGGAAGCCAUCGCAGGAGCAGGAGGGGCUGAGGGUCUGGAGUCAGCCUGAGGACACGGUGCAAUUUCCCGACCUCCGCACCAUCAUAGACAGAGAUUGGAUCUGAGGGCAGCAGACUUUUAUCAACCUGAUAAAAGUUGUGUCACUUGAUGGACUUGGUUUAAAAAAAUACUUAUUUAAAACAAUUUACUAUGGUGACAACUCCCCCGUCAUACUGGUCAAACUGUGGGGCCCAUAUACUGUCCACACCCACCUAACCCUGUAGCUGACCUCAGAACUGGACUGGGAUCUACUUAAUCAGAUUGUGUUUGUGUAAGGUGAUAGCCUUUUUAUUGUUCUUAAGUUUUCAUGAUUCUCAAGUGUAAGUAAAAACUCAUUUCAAGUAGCUAGAAACAAAGUAGUAUCACUGGAAAUAUAAAUCCUGUAAGUUACAGAAGACCUUAAAUUGUAUGGAGACCCCGAGACAACCUUUCAGCUUGGUCCAAAUUUGACUGGCCAACCAAUUUUGAAAACAUUGGACGAGAAGAGAUAAUUAUUGAAACAUUAAAAACUAUGUGUCUGUUCCAGCAACAGGAGCUUUUCCAUCAGGUAAUUCUCUAGCUGGUGAUACACUGGGAGGCGACCAGCUCAGCUCACCUGCUUCUGCCAGGGGGAGAGCAGGCAGAGGCAAGCAGCAACUCCUUUGGAGAGGCCGGAUGUCUCUGUGCUGCAUUUCCUCAUCCUGAAAGCAGAGCAGUGACACCUGGACAAGGCCUGCCCUCUGGUUUAUCCUGGGAGGAUGAAGUUUUUGCUUCCAGAGGGGGAGCCUCGAGCAUGGAUUAGAUAUCUCCUGGGAAGUGCUUUGAGCAUCGUGAUGUGCAAGCUACAUAAUGAGAACAUCCUUCCUGGCUUCCCUGACUUGAAUGGAAACCCAGGCUCUCCUCCCCGACUCAGGAGGGGUGGGGUGGGUCUUCUGUCUGUUCCUCCUGGGUAGCUCUUGCUUUAUCAGUCUGUUCGGAGAGUUCAUGAGGCUUCGCCGGGGACAGGAGGCCUGACUACCCCUUCCUUGACAUAUCCUCUCCCCUCUUCCCACACUCCUGCUGAAAGAUGCUCAUCCAAAUAAAUGUUUAAUCUUAAAGGUUGGCCCUUAUUCAGAUUCGAGUAUUUCAGUAUCUCAACAUGCUGAUUUGGUAGUUGGAGCAGUCGUUAUUCUGGAGGUCUCUUAGACCACACUCUACUCUGACUUCAGAAAGUAGUUUCCCAGACUAAAAGGCCUUAUCUCACUGCUGGUACCUCAGUUUAUCACCCCAUUUACAGUUUUUCUAACUCCAGGAUAGUGUUAAUAUUUGGGAUAUAUAUUUUCUCAAAAACUAUUUUUAAAUCAAAUGCAGCUUCUAAAGCUUGUAAUCUAGUGAAGACUGAUACCAUAAUAAGCUUUGUAUUUUAGCAGAGUUUGGGAGAUAUGUGUGUCAGUUAUUUUGAGAUCUGUAUGAUAUCUAUCAUCUAUCUAAUCUCUCAUCUAUCUGUCUAUUGACAGAGAUGUAUACCCCCUAAACAAUACAUGGAUUUAUUUAUAUAUGUCUUUGGGUUGUUUAUAUACUCAUGCACAUAUCUGGGCAAGAGUUUUGAGAAUGUGAGCAUGACUGUGCAAUGAAAAGGGGAAAUCUGCCACUUCUCUUACUAGAAAAAGGAAUGGGACAGAUGGGAUGUAGAUGUAAAAAUAAAACUCUAUUUUUCUUCUGGAGGGUCCAUACCUACAGUAGCAGAUGAAGAAGGAGCAAUAAAAAAUUUGAUCUACUUUGUGAGAACACAAAGGCCCCACUGCAGGCAUUGUUAUUAGUGAUGGGGUUCUUGGUGGGGAAUUCAUGAAGUGAAGGCAGGACCCGUUCCCUGUGGGCGCUGCAGCCUGGCUGUUUAAUGUUCUCCUUUCUCGAAGUGACCAUGAUUCAGUGUUGCAACGCCAUGGUUGAGACUGGGAUUUCACACUGGGGAUUGAAGAAAUCCAUUUGUGUCUUAGGUGGCACAGAGUCAUCACCAGGCCAGGAAGACUUUCUUCAGGAUUCCUUACUAGGCUUGAAGGAAAACACUGAUUCUUCACAGCUACAAGGCUGAAGAGAAGAAUCAGAAUCAUUCUUCCACUACCUUUGUAAUCUAGCUUGAAUAUUAAACUGUGUCCUUCCUUUCUCCAGAGAGGGAGCAAGAAGAAAACUUGAAUGCUUUGAAGGAAUAUGCCAAUAUUGAAAAGGGGGCUGCAUGUGCAACUGGGUAGCCAGAUAUGACCAUGAAGAUCUCAGGGGCCUCAGAACUCCACUCUCCUCACUGAGGUCACCCUCAACAGGACCCUGUUUGCCAGACCAGUUUUGGCCUGUGACCAGCUGACUAGUCACUCCAUAAGAUGUCAGAUAAGGGAAUAAAGGAGUGGAGAGACAACCAGUUCAUCAUCAUCUUUUGAUUCGGUACUCUUGGGAAUGUGAAACUUUAAUACGGUUGAAUGAAUGAGGACCUUCAGUUGCUAAUGAAAGGAACCCAACUCAAACAGGCUGAUGCAAAACAGCUAUAUCUAUGAAUCUCCCUCUUUCUCUCUUUCUCUGCCUGUCUCUCCCUCCCUCCUUCUAUACACUGAAUAAUAUGUUUUGACAAUCCAUGGCCAGACCUGAAUACAAUCACUUAAGCAAUGUCAGAAAUCUUUCUCUGUUAUUGGUCUCUGCUUUCCUCUGUGUUGGCCAUAUUCUCAGGCAGGCUCUUCCCAGCCUGCAAACCCAAUGGAAAGAGCUUAUUUUUUCCCAGUAACUGUGGGAAAAAAUCCUGCAAAGGUUUUCUGUAGGCUUGGUGGGGAUCAUAUAUCUAUACCUGAGCCAAUCAUUGUGACCAAGGAGAUGCAGAGAUCAGAUUGGCCGGCCCUCCGUCACUCUCCUGCAGUUAGGGGCUAGGUGAGUUAAUUCUAUUUCUUCUGCAAGGACUGUGAAUGGAGCAACAGGGUGCCUCAGGGUAAAAUCAGAGUGCUGUUACUAAAAGAUACGAUGCUGGGUGGGAGAAACAACAACAACAAUAGAGCUCUGAGCAAAAUUCGAGUGCUACUCAGAUAAAACGGAAUUUGUUUUCAUAAGCCACCAAAGAAAAUCAGUCUCAUAUUAAAUGUAGUAAUGAAUCACUGUGUCCAGAGCCAGCCUGGAGCUCCAUGAGGGUCAAGUCUGUCUGUGUAGUUCAUUGUGUCAGUGCCUCAUGUAUUAUAGGUGCUCAAUAAACAUUUGGUAAGUAAUGAAUGAUUAAACUGAUUUCAGAGCUGGAAUAGGAUUAUUUUCAACAUUUAUUGCUGCCCAAAAACUCCCUCACUGAUACCAGAUGCCUGAAAUGUUAGCAACUGAUUCCACUGGUUCCACCGUUAGCAUUCUUCUUCCCAGUCAAAACGUGUAUCCUGAGAGAGGUGAUAUUUUAGGCCUCCUUUGUCAUCACAUCUUUUUUUCCCCCAUGGUCUGUUGUCUCCUUGAGGUAAGUUAGAGGAAUGAUGGGCUUCUUCUUAAGGGGAGGUACUUAAAAGGAGGUCUUUAUUCUUGGCUGCUUUGUGUGUUCGUUGCUGCACGCGGGUUGUCUCUAGUUGAGGUGAGCGGGGGCUACUCUUCGUUGCGGUGCGCGGGCUUUCAUCGCGGUGGCUUCUCUUGGUGCGGAGCACGGGCUCUAGGUGCGCAAGCUUCAAUAGCUGUGGCACGUGGGCUCAGUAGUUGUGGCGCACGGGGGCUUAGUUGCUCCCCGGCAUGUGGGAUCUUCCCGGACCAGGGCUCAAACCCAUGUCCCCUGCAUUGGCAAGCGAAUUCUUAAUCACUGCGCCACCAGGGAAGUCCUGUCAUCACAUCUUGAGUUGAGUUGGUUCUAGAAAGCCUUCCCAGAAGGGGUUGAAAAAGAAGAGCAAAGUACACGAAACUCUAGGGGCAGUUGACACACUUUCCUGACUUCCCCGUCUUGCUUAGGCUAAGUCAGGCUCCCAUUUAGCCCAGUGAUGUCCUGACCAGAGUGGCUGUGGAGGCUGAGAAAACCAUUACUCCGGUUCUGCCCUCAAAUUCGAGGAGAGCUGUGGUCAAAUGGGGCAGGAAACUGUGGUUCUUUGAUCCUCUGCAGAGGAAGAGGAGGUGAAUGUGUUAAAUGCCUCACAGCACAAAGAGAGCCACCCACUUCAAAAA